CAUAGUGGCUGUGGAAACUCAUAUCUGCGGUUGGAUAGUCAGUCGGUCGGUCAGUCCGCCCCUUCAGCCUUCACCCACAACUUCGCCUCUUUGCCGCAGCUGAAGAACAAGGGGGUUCAUGAUCAUCAGGAAGCUCUUAAUUUAUUCAUACCUGGAUUAACUCACAGGCGGCAAUAGUUUUUUUCUUUUUCUUUUAGUCUUUUUUUCCCCUCUAACGGAUAGUCUUUUUUCCCUCGUCUGUAAGAAUGUUGUGGAAAUUAGCCGACAACGUGAAAUAUGAGGAUGACUGUGAGGAAAGGCACGACGGCAACAGCAAUGGGAACCCCCGGCUGCCUCACCUGCCAGCGGUCAGCCAGCACCUCUACAGCCCUUCUCCGUCCCUCUCCCACUCGGGCAGUUCGGACUUCCAGCCCCCCUACUUCCCGCCUCCCUACCAACCCAUCUCCUACCCGCAGUCCAGUGACCCCUACUCCCACCUCGGCGACCCUUUCAACAUCAACUCCAUACACCAGUCGCAGUCAUCGAACCAGCAGCAGGCGUGGCCCGGCCGGCAGGGCCAGGAUGGUCUCGUCGCCCACGGGAGGAGCGGACUGGCGAGUCAGAUCCUGGGCCUAGAAGGAGGCUCGUCAGGGGUGAGGAGGGAAGGGUUCCGCCGGCCGGAGUUGCUGCCCCCACACCCGCACAGCAUAGAGCCGUCGGUUAUUGGCGAUAACAUGGGGAUGCACGACAUGGGGCACGGACUGGAGGAUGUUCAAAAUGUAGAUGACCACAGUAUUAUUAUGGCAGAUCAGACAGUCAUCAAAAAAGUAUUAGGACUACGAGGUGGCAGGAACCUUGAUCGCUUACAGAGGACUUAUUAUCAGGGGGGCGUUCUUGCGGGGCCUGUCACUCUACCCAAAGGCAACGCUCUGGGUCUUCCUUUCCAGAAAGAGUCCCUGCUUGGCAUGGUAUCAAACCCAACAGAGGUGUUCUGCUCCGUACCAGGCCGUCUUUCCCUGCUGAGCUCCACAUCCAAAUACAAGGUUACCGUGGCUGAGGUCCAGAGACGUCUGUCACCCCCUGAGUGCCUCAACGCAUCGCUCCUGGGAGGGGUUUUACGCAGGUCAGGGUUUUACGCUCAGACUCAUUCAGGAUGACAGCAGUGUGGAUUUAAUGGUAUUUUCCUGUUAAAAGUCUUGAACAUAACACAGAAACACAGUGGCACUGAUUCAAAAAAGAUUAAGGGGAUCAAACCCAAACAUAAUUAAUUUCCUUGUUUUUUAUCUAUAUCUCUGCAAGCUGUUGAUAAGGUUGUUUGAUUGUCUCAGAUAUGAAUAAUUAUCAAAGUGAGGAGUUCCAGCUCUGAUCUGUAGACUAAAGCUCAGCAGCCCAUGGGAAAGGCUUUUCUAAAACACAGCGUUGCUCAGUUGCUCUGGCUCAUCAGUUUUUUUGCAUAAGGUUCGUGACAUUCUUUGUGUGGUCUGCAAUUUUGGUUCUCUGCGUCCUCUGGGGAUUGGUCACAUCAACACAGUUAGUACCAAUCUAAAGACUCUGGGUGCGUUUUUGUGUGUUUAUCAGGGGUUGCAGCAUGGGUAGGUUUGUCUGUGGCAGAGCAGUUGACCUUAUUGCACAUAUGUUAGUGUGGCAGUCUGUUGAGGGACUGUGAGGUUACAGUAUGUACUCAGCAUCCCUGACCGGAGCAUUUUGUGCUCGGAGUGCACGUUUGCCACUUCCCAUGUGCCUGUGAUAAUGCUGACAUGCACACACACACAAACACACACACUAACACACACAUGCACAAUCACAUAUAUUUUUAAGUAGGUCAUAUAGCAAUAGGAGGGGGAUCGUUAGCAGAGUAGCAAGGAGACGAAGGGGUGGGGGUACUCAUACAGACAUGCCUCCCUAAAGAUGCUCCCUCUCUCACCCACCAUGGAGUGGGAGAGCUUACCCG